AUGGAUCUCCGCAAUAUGCUAAACGAGGGUCCGCCCCAAUCACCUCGGAAUCCUCCUCCGCCGCCGCCGCCACUAGUGCAGCAGCAGCAGCCGCUACACUACCAUCAACAGCAGCAACAUCAACACUCUCUUCUUCAUCAUUCUACUAACCACUCUCAACACCAGCAGCUGCAACAUCACCAACAACAACAACAGCAGCAGCAGCAGCAGCAGCAGCACGUCCAGCAGCAGCAUCAACAGCUGCAGCAACAUCACCAACAACCACAGCAGCAGCAACAGCAGCCGCACUCACAGAUCAAUCAUCAUCACCAACAACAACAGCAAAACCAUCGCCCUACUCCUCCUCCACCAAUACAGCCCCCAAGAUCUCCGUUUCAGUCCCCUGCGCAUAGUGGCCCAGCACCGGGAUACCCCCAUCAGCAGCAGCAGCAGCAUCCUCAAUCACAAUCCCCCUACCAUCCAAGCCCGCCUCCAAAUUCGGGUCGUCACUUUUUAUUCCCGCCUCCAUCGCCGCUACAGCAGCAACACCAUCAACCAAACUACGCGCAAUCGCCAAGUACGCCGCACCCAAUGAGCGCGCAUUCAAUCCAUAGUCCAACGCCUACGAGCUCUAUCUCGAGCAGUUCGCAUAAUCAAUUCCCCCCACCACCUCCACCACUACCCCCACCUUCACAGGGGCAGCCCCAGGUUCAAUACGCGAAUAAGCCGCAGCAGCAACCGCACCUAUUGCAUCCUGCUCCAUCCCCACACCAGUAUCAUAGCCAACACCACCAACAGCAGCCGCAGGCUCAACAACAGGUCCAGCAGCAGCCACAGGGAUACCCCAGGCAGUCGCCGAUACAACAAUCACCUAUGCACUCGCCAAUUGGCCCAAUAAGACCGCCAUUGAUACACGCGGGGAGCGGUGGUGCUAGUGAUAGGUCAUCACCUACAAUAUCUACACCUAUAGCACGGAGGGAUCAAGAGCGGGAUCGGGAACGGGAACGAGAGAAGGAGCUACGAGACCGGGACACACGGGAAAGGGAGCAGCGGGAGCGGGAAAGGGUUGCUAGGGAACGAGACAUCAGUGUAUCACCCAAAACAAGAGUCCCUACCUAUCUACCCGACGACGAGCCAAUUCCAGAUACGCAAAAGGAGGAAUUCUCGUAUCCCGGCCCGCAGCAGAAGAAUUCCCGCCCGAAUUCCCAGCACGGUGGCAGUCACACUGGAGGCUAUAAUAAUACAAGACCGAGACGGGGCUCUCCGGCUGCGGGGACGCCGAACCACGACCGGCGUAACCACGACGCGAUGGACGUUGACACUCGGGAGGCUCCCCCGAGCGUCCCUGUGGUUCCAGAGCGGAAAUGGGUUGGUCCCGUUGUGGAUAGAGGAAAACCCAAUGGGUCAGCGGCCGGCGUUGGCAACGGCAGGGAUGGUUCGACUCAACAGCUGGCACCACAGCAACAGCAGCAUCCCUCGCCGUCUCAACAAAACACACAACAACCACCGCCGCCUCCUCCACCCCCCUUAACAACUCCUUCUACAAACAGCAACCCCAGUUCCACGUCGUCACAGCGUACUGCAACCGUUUCUCCAAAUAAUAAAGAUCAGCCCCAUCAGCCACCACCCAUAGCUCGGUCAACCUCCACCCCUACAAAUAUCAGCGCCCGGCCACAUCCCCCGCCGUCUCCGAGUCCUAAGCCUAAUAAGCAACUCGGCCCGCCGCCAACACCAACUACGUCGCACGCAGUGGAGGGCAAUAGCAGCAGCCCCGGGUCCGGGGCCCCGCCACGGAAGCGACCAAGGAGAGAUCAUGAGGCGCCGAUAUGGGCCCGAAAGGCUUCGAGAAGUUCUAGCCCCCCUCCUCCCCAGAGUGCACCCCCGCAACCAAACCAACAGCCAGCGCCACCACACACUCAGCCGCCCCAGCAUCAGCAGCCACAACCGCAACCGCAACAGAUGCAACAGCAGGGGCAGCAGCACCAGCAGAGAAUUUCAGCUCCUGCGGGUCCUCAGCGCAUGGUUCCGGUUAUCGGUCCUUGGGAGCCAUCAAUCGGGAAUACAGAGCCGCAUGAAGAACUGACGAGGUCUAUUGCGGACUUUUUGUGGCGGGAGGUCAUCAUGAGAUAUGAGGCGCAGCCUGCUGACGAGGUUAGCGGGACUAUGAUAGAGAUUGAGGCAAAGAUUGGGCAGAUCAUCGAUAGAAACACCAACGCAAGGAGUAGCAUGACCGAGCACCAACAUAAACAUGCAAACCGCUUCCUCAACAAGCUCUAUGAGGAGAGCAAAACCCCCCUUACCGCAGGCAGUCCUCAACCCCCCGGACCAACUCGAAUAGCGAUGGGCUACACGCAUACUCGUGAAAAAGACAUGUUUUACGAACUCCCCCCUUCGGAGGUUUCAUCACUCCCCCGAAUGCUGCUGGAACAACUUAACCCACGGCACAAGGUAAAGGUCAGGGUGACAACAGACCAGCGCACCGGAAAGGUCCUGAAUACGAUAAUCAAGGCCCGGAUUGCAGACUGCAACAUCUUCUGCCCACAGUCACGCUUCGAUUGGAGGGUGAGCGUGAAUAUGGAAAUGCCAUGGGACGGGGACGUAAAAUCACUGAUGGAAAUGGGGGAAAAUGAUGGGCCCGUGAGGCUGAAGGAUCGUCUUAGCUAUAGACAUCUGGCUUAUCAGAUUGAUUUGACCCAGGUCACAGGGAACAAAUCUUCCAAGGAGCAUGAGCUGGAAGUAGAAGUCUCUGGAGAAGAGCUUAGGAAACAUGGACGGCUUGCAAAUCAUGCAAAACCUAAUGCGUAUGAAGCAAUAGUGAGGGGGUUCGUCGAUAAUGUGAGAUAUAUAGUCCGUCACGCAGCACCACCCGAAGUAGGGCCCGAGUGCGGGUGCGCACCUGGUGGACCACAAAUGCGGAGAUAA